AUGGCAGAACUUGGUACCCGUAUAGGUCCAGAUCCAGGUUCAGAUCCAAGCCCACCACAUCCAGUCCCAGUCCCAGACCCGAACACCACCACAGAGGCUGACGCCGACGCCGACAUCGACAUCGACACCGACACCGCCACUUUAACCUCUACCUCUACCUUUGCUGACACCGCCCAAAACAACAUCCACGACGCCGAUGACGCCCGAACUCGCGACGCCGACACAAUGGCUGACUUCGUCCAAACUCCUGCCCCCCACCCGGACGAGGGCCCCAAGAUGCGAUGUUGCUGUGGCCGCGACGAUUGUGCCUAUUUGAAGCACAGUUGCUUCGUUCUCGAAACCGUUGAAAAGGAUGUCCAUACCGCCGCCAAGUUGGGCAAGGCUCUUCUUGCUCGCCACGAGGCAUACAUGGCCGAUGCCGAACGAGACCGCAUGUCAUUGAACACCCGCAUUGAGCAGCUCGAGAACGAAAAGGAGGAACUGCAAGCCGAGAACGCGAGGACCGUCGAAGAGAACCGUUCCCUGCUAGACCAGCUCGAAAUGCUCAACAACACGGUCCAGGACUCCGACAUCCGCAUCCAGACCCUCGAGGCCACUCUGCUGUCGUCCCACCAGGCAGUUCGCCGCCUCGAGGGUGCAGCCGCCCGUGCCGCGGAGAUGGAACGGCACAUUGCCCUCCUCGAACAGGAGCAACUACGCCUGCAGAACACUCUCAUCACCACCGAGUCCGAAGCCCGCUCCGCAAUGCAGCGAUGGAGGAAGGCUGAGAGGGGCAUCUCCGACCUUCAGGAGCAGCUGGAGCGCAUGGAGCGCGAGGCCAACGAGGAACGUGAACGCCAUGUCGAAGUCCUCGGUCGCAUGGAUCGCCAACGUGAGAUGGAAAAGGAGCUCAACGCCGCCGCCGGACGUCUUAAGGGGGCCGCCGCGGCCAAGUCGCUCACGACCGGGAAACCUGCCGGCAGCGUCGUAUCUCACUUCGUCCGCGAUCUCCUGCAGGACAAUGCGAACCUGCAGCUGGGCAUGGCCGAGUUGCGAGAAAUGCUCCUGAACUCAAACGACGAGAUCCAAGCUAUGCGGGACCAGCUGAUGUGUCACCAGCCCGUCGGCGAACAAGACGCAAGCGCUACGUCCACACUGCGGGCCGAAAUCGGGCCAGACUUGGGCGAGAUGACCCAGAACAUCUCUCAGGAGCUCCAUAUCCACCACCAUUAUCACGUUGCGGAAAAGACCAAACCCAAGAAGAAGCGCCACAGUCUGAAUCCGGGCAUCUUCUCGCCUGCUAGCAUCUCGCGAUCCUCAACGCCGCCGGCCGUGUGGCGACCCGGCCCCUCGCCGAUAGCACCCCUGGCUUCCCACUCUCACAAGGGCUCGACGUCGACGGUGUCGGUGCCGCCGUCUAACAGAUGGUCCGUCUUUUCCGAGCAGCCUUCCGAGUUCGCACCUUCGUCCGUCCCCAGCUCGCCCCAGUCGAAUCCCCGCCUGUCCAUGUUCGACCGCCCGAUGCUUGAGACCGAUAUACCCAUGUCGCCGACGACGAGUUUGGAUCCCGCGUCGCCCACCUGGAAGCUAUCCCACAGCAAACGCCCGUCGGAGGCAUCAACCCGGAGCUUCUCCGUGCCCUCAAAGCUUCUCAGUGUGGCUUCGCCGGCUCCGCCAGCAGCGCCCACUUUGCAUGUGUCACAACAUAUUUCGGGCACAAUCGAGGAAGAAAGGGAGGAUAAUUUCUCGGAGGAAGUGCCAGGUCUUGUGACGCCCAACGACGACCAUCCAGAGACGGACACGGAGACAGAGACGGACACAGAACUUUCCUACUCCAAAGACGAGGAACUACCACAGAGACGUUUACAUCGCGCCGUUUCUCACGAGUCCAUCAUGUCCCUGUCAGGCGGGCUGGACAUCCACACUCUCAAAGUGAGGCCGAGUCAACUGACGCUUCGCCCGUUGGGUGGGGCCGAUGCCGUGUUUACCGGCGUCACGGCACGGUCUACGAUAUCACGGGGCAGCGACAAGCGUAGCGACGCUUUGCUGCGCGAUAGUCUCGCGGGCCGACCCUUUUCGAGGAUGGUGUCCACCCCUCCACGAAGCGCAUCGCCAUCGAGCACAUAUUCUCGGCAUUCCCAAAACUCAGCCGGCCUAGGCAGAUGGGUCAGCUGGCGGCCAUGGACCGGAGGCUCAGCAGCAUCGGCAUCCCGGGCGGCGACACCAACAGUGGCACCGCCAACAACACCGACGCCAGCCAAGCGCAGCGGAAAGGAAAAGGAGAAGGAGAGGGACCUUCUUCGAGCGCCGGGCAUCAAUCAGCCCGGCGCUAUUCCCGGGUUCCAAGAAUACUUGGCGGCUCACCAACGACGCGGUCCCCCGAGCAAGGUGUCGCCCGACGCAGUGGAUGUCGAAGCGCUGCGCGAGGGUCUAGCGGAGUGA